UAAAGAAGAGGAAGACCGACGCCAGCGUUAAGUUGUUUUAUUUUGUAGAUUUAAGUGAAAAUAUUUAACUUUUGUUUUCCGAGUGAUGACGGAGCUUAAAGACGAGGUUCAGGUAUUCAACAAGGGCGAGAUCGUCCUUUGCUACGAGCCUGACAAGUCGAAAAAGAGAGUUUUGUAUACCAGCAAGGUUUUGGCAGUCUUCGAGCGCACCAACGAACAUGGCCUGAGGUACUACGACUACAAGAUACACUUCCAGGGUUGGCGCCCGUCCUACGACCGCUCGGUGCGGGCCAGUGUUCUUCUGAAAGACAGCGAAGAGAACCGACAGCUUCAGCGAGAACUGGCUGAGGCGGCUCAGCUGCAGAUAAGGGGCGACUACUCGUACAAGGGCACGCCCGAUAAGCCGGCUUCGAAGAAAAAGCGCUCAGGCCGCGGUCUUGGUACCUACGUUGAGGAUUCAGCAUUUGAUCCAUUGGAUACCACACCUAUCUCCGAUCAGGAAAUGCCGUCCAAUAAUAGAAGCUCCGGCAGGGGCAUUCGCAAUAAUAGGGACAACAGUGGCGGCCGUAAAGAGAAGGGUUCUGGAGCGCCGGCAUCUACCCCUGAGGCUAAACUUAAAACCACCCGAGGACAGGUGGAAGAGAUGCCUAUGGAUGUGCUGGAGCCAGAGGAACGCGUAAUGCUGCGCAUCAGCGAACGACUACGCGAGUAUAUGGAAUACGACUACAACAUGGUAGUGAAGCUGGGCAAGCAGCAUGCUAUGCCCGCUAAAAUACCCAUUGUGACCAUACUGGAAAACUUUGUUAAACAGCGUGCCGUUGAGCUGGCCAUUAGUAUUAAGCAGGAUAGCUCUCGGGCCAGAAACACUCAAAGCCGGAACGCCCGUAUGGAACGGGAAUACGACCGAGUAAUGUCCAAUGUCUGCAUGCUAAAGGAGGUGGUCGAUGGCAUUAGGAUCUAUUUUGAGUUCCACGUGGACGACCACCUGCUUUACAAAGAGGAGAAGGAAUACACCCACAACUAUCUGACUGAUGACAACAUGCGUAACUGCAGCAUUGCGCUUAACAACUCCUACGACUACAUAAAUCCCAAUUGCGACACGGAGCUCCUCUCCAUGGAUGGUACGCCUGUUGUGUCCAACAAAAGCAACGGCGUUGAUGGCGGAAUUCUGGGCGAUAUUGAGUACGAGAAGCAGCUGCAAAAAUGCCUCUUGUACAUCGUGAAAAGCACCGGGAAAAACACAGCACACGCCUACGAUCAACGAACAUCGCCCUUUACUGCCGCCUACAAACUACCGCCAGAGAUGCGAGGUUUCCUCUGCGAGACCUUCAACUGGAGGUUGCUUUCGGCGGAGUCGCCACCGGAAAAGUCAAUGGUGUUCGGAGCACCUCACCUUGCAAGGAUGAUGAUCAAACUGCCCGAAUUCCUCAACGUGUCACCCAUAUCCAACCAGAAGCUAGUGGAUCUACUGCCACACUUGGACUCAUUCAUUAACUACUUGGAAAACCACAAAGAAUGGUUCGAUAAGGAGAACUAUGUGCACCCGACCGUUCAUCAGGAGCAGCUGCAGCGGGAGCUGCUGGACUCUCUGGACCAGCCCAUUAAGAUGUCCGCCUAGAUUUUAGUUAAUUAUAAACUAUUUUAUUUAUUAUGCAGUUUUAAAG